AUGUCCUUUGGCGUGAACUCCACCGAGGUCCAGGGAGAAGCAUCUAAUAUCGCCCCUGUUAAUCUCACUAACUACUUCAACAACCUAUCUGUUGAAGAACCACUAAACCCAUCCUAUGAUAUCCUAGGGGAUGCACACCACACAGACAGUAGCGACGUACCGAAAACUACGAAAUACAUAGUCGAACCGCAGAAAUCCCGCUAUGACUCACUUUUUGCUCUAUACCAACUCUUCCGAGAUAUUAAAGAAAUAAGAGCUCGAAUAAUGGAGGUUUGGGACGGAGUCUUCGACGAAGAAACAGAAAUAAAGCGCCCACUUACGGCAGCUGCCCUAGUAUCGAGCUGCGGCGUUUCGGACGGUUUAUGCGCAAGCUUUUCUAUGAAAAACGACGAAAUCCGUGAGCGAAAUCGCGAGCGAGACAAGGCGAAAAAGAAGCCUGGCAAUGUUCGACUGCGUUUAUCUCCUACGGAACUUCUAAAAUCCCUCUGCUUGUCAUGCCAGGCAGAGGGGCCGAAAUUUGUGUUCCCAUACUUAGUAUUAAUCCAAAUGGCCUGGGAAUGCCUAGAGAGGGUCAGGGUGUCUUGUGAGCCCUAUCUAUAUUUGAACUUCCCGGAAUAUGAAGGCGAGUCUGGCUUGGUUCAGGACUUCGUUUUGCCAAUACUAUGUGCAGCACCACAAGGUCUAGGUUCUGAAGCUCUCCGCAAGGCGGGAGCAGCUGUGGAGGAAUUCUUACACCAGGACUAUAGGGAUGAGGCCGUCCGCUGUAUUCGCCAAGCGAUGGGGUUAACAUUCGCAUGGACGAACGGUUUCACGGUUAGUCAAUACGAAAAGGCGCCUCGACCCAGUGAAGAAGAGAUAGCGACAUUUCGUAGAUUGACGCGAGUCGAUCAUCUCUUCGCUUCUUAG